UGUCUCGGCAGAGCGGCGGGGCGGGAUGCGGGCCCGCUGGGCUCAGGUGCGGCGGACAGGAAGCCCCCCCUCGGGGGCCGGUUGCGCCAUCGGCUUUCGUAACAGCAGCCUGGCGGGCGGUGGAGUUCCUCAAUGUGCUGCCGUGCCGCGGGGACUCAUAAGCCGGCCACCGGGCGCAGGGAGCCGUGCUGAGCAGGGCGAGCGCCGCGCCCGCCCCCACCGGAGCCGCGACCGUCGUCCCGCCCGCGUGCCGCCCCGCCCCGGCCCGCCCAGCCGCGGGCCCCGCUCCUGCUCCGGCUGCGGCUGCAGCUCUCGCUCCCGCUCCGGCUCCGGCUCCGGCUCCCGCUCCCGCUCCGGCUCCGGCUCCCGCUCCCGCCGGGGCAGCAUGCUGGCGCUCCUGGCUGCUCUGCUGGCCGCGCGCGGCGCCGCGCUGGUGCCCGGGGACUGCCCGGCGCUGGAGAUGGCAGGUGAUGUGCACAGCAGCCUUCCUGGGGCCCAUGUGGUUCUGACCUGCCCAGGUGGGGAGCCUGGCCGUAACAGCACAGUGCAAUGGGCUUGGAGCAGCACCCUCCAGGGCUCCUUAUACACCCACCACACCCUGGUGCUGCCAGACGUGCAGCCCAGUGACUCUGGGAGCUAUUCCUGCUUCCGGGACAACCAGCUUGCAGGGACGGUGCACCUGCUGGUGGAAGCACCCCCAGAGGAGCCCCAGCUCUCCUGUUACCAGAAGUGCCCCACAAGCAAUGUGAUGUGUGAGUGGCGUCCUCAGCAUCCCCCAUCUGUGACAACCAAGGCUGUGCUUCUGGUGAAGAAAUCUGUUAUGACCAGCAUGGAGUACUUCCGGGAGCCGUGCUGGUACUCGGCCACGUCGGGGACCUUCUCCUGCAAGCUGGCAGUGCAGGAGGCUGACAGCAGUUUCUACAUCGUGUCUGCCUGCGUGGCCAACAGCGUGGGCAGCAAGUCCAGCCAGGCCUGGGGCUUCAGGGAGUUGGAGAUCUUGCAGCCAGACCCGCCCGUCCACGUGGAGGUGAGCGCAGUGGCCGGGAAGCCACGGCGCCUGCGCGUCAGCUGGGGCCCCGCCCCAUCCUGGAACUCCACCUACUACCGCCUGCGCUUCCAGCUCCGCUACCGGGCCGAGCGCGCCAGGGACUUCCUGCCGCCCGUGACCCUCCAGGAGUCUCAGCACCACUACGAGAUCCCCGACGCCUGGAGCGGCUUGAGGCACGUGGUGCAGCUGCGCGCGCAGGAGGAGUUCGGCAAUGGCCGCUGGAGCGAGUGGAGCCAGGAGGUCAUGGGCACCCCGUGGACAGAACCCAGGAGCUCCCCAGCUGUGACUAGGGAGCCCCCCUCCACACAGGCACCAACUGUUCACGUGGACAGUAAGGACAUCCUCUCUUCCAUUUCUCCAAACACAAGCUUCCCAGUGCACUUCUCCCCAGUGCCACUGCCCACCUUCCUGGUGGCUGGAGGAAGCCUGACCUUCGGGAUGCUCCUGUGCAUUGCCAUUGUGCUCAGGUUCAAGAAGACAUGGCGGCUGCAGGCACUGAAGGACAGCAAGGCCAGUGUGCUCCCGCAGUAUUCGCUGGGCCAGCUGGCCCCCGAGAGGCCUAAGCCCACCCAAGUCCUUGCUCCCCUCAUCUCCCUGCCGGUGCCCCCCAGUGGCCUGGGGGCCAACAGCUCCUCAAGAUGCAACUGUCAAGAAUCAGGGGACUCACAGAACCCAUAUGAUGUCAGCAACAGAGACUACUUCUUCCCCAGAUAGUGGGGAGCUAGGGUGCCCACAGCCCCAAGGGACAGCAUGAACACAGGGCACCCAGUGGGCCAGCAAGAGACAGGUCUCAUUCACUGCCAUUCCAGCUCAUCUCAGGGCUUCUGAGCCAGCUUUUCCAGAUGGUCUGCUCCCAGGACAGACUGGACACAGGACUGGUGGAGAGAACCACACAGUGCCUCCGGGCUCUGUUGGGCCUACGGGUGAUCAGGGUCCUGCAGGUGAGGGCUGGCUGCUCACAUCACCCCUAGGCAUUCCCCUAUGGCUCCUCCAGACAGACUUCUGGCUCUCUGGCUUCCGGGUCCGUCCACCAGUGGUCAGUCUGUUGGUCACACGGGGGAGUGUUCUCCCAUUUUCCCUAUACCCUAUGAGGGUAGUCCAGCACUUCUCAUGGAUACAAGAUCACAAUCCACUCAUGAGCACUUUCCUAAAUGUGAAUGAUGUUCCCCGGCCUGGAGGCAGACCUCCUGCAGCUCCCAGAAGAGACAAGCCGAGGGGCAUGAGGGCCCAGGCUCUCCACACCUCCCUGAAGUAGUAGCACAUCCCAGGAGGACCAGGGCCAGGGGACAGCAGCCCCUGGAAGCCUGUCAUUGGUGAGAUCUGACUCUGUAUCCCAGCUUUGCUCAUAUUCAGCUGAGCCCCUGUGUCUCUCGGGGAGAGGAUAUUUAUGUGCAAAGACAAAAGAUCCCAGUGGGGAUGGAUUUUCAUUGCUCUGUGUGGGCUUGCUGACUGUCUCAUCUGGUUAGUGCAGGCUGCAUACCCUGGCAACUGGGCACUAGGACCUUGCUCCUUACAAGCCAGUCAAGUGGCAGAAGAGGGAAGACAUAUCCUUUUCCCCAUGAGAGCAGGCUGGUUUCAUUUUAAUAAUUACUUUUUCCAUCAGAGCACUGCUUAGCUCUGACUUACGGUGCUGCUGGGGAUUGAACCUGGGGCCUUGGAGUGUCAGUCAUGCUACUGUGAUGCAGAACCACUAUGCUGUCUUCCAGUCUCCCACCCACCCCACCCUUUGGCUUCAUUCUGAAUUUGCUUUCAGUGUGAAGAAGUGAAGAAAGGAUGGGUCUCUCCUGCUUAAAGGCAGCUUAGCUUAGCUCCACUCCCCCAGCAGCUGGGAAAGAAGCAGUGCUAGGAAGCCUCCCCCAGUGGCCAAGCAGGGGCCCACUGAAAACCCCCACUCCUGGAAGCCACCAGCCCUCAGUUAUCAGAAAGACAUUCAUUUCAGAAAGCCCCUGGACUAGGCACCUUCUUCCUCUUUUCAGCUGAGUUCCUUGAAUCUGCUUCGAUUUGGUCGGUAUUGAAGCACCCUAUUCAGCAAUAGCUUUGGCACCACAAGGCCCUGAAAACUCAGUCAUAUUAGCGGUUCCCCAGACACUGAAGAUCACAAGGUGUCUUGACUGAAGUGAUGAUCACUCUCGGCUGGGCAGCUGUGAAAUGGAAAUUCAGCCAACCACAAAAU